AGUAAACGUUUCGAGCAUCCUGUAUCGAAAACUAGAACAGCAUUAAAGAUAUGAAUCAGACUGCCAAAGAAGGUCUAAAGUUCCGACCGAAGAGUGUUAAGAUCAAUGGGAAGAAGGAUAAAUUACCUGUGGCCAAACCAACCCAUAUAGGAAACUUUUUAGUGAUGCUUAUUCUCUACGCUUGUCGGAAAGUUCUCUUUUAUAAUACGACGACGAAAAUAGGACUCUAUCUAUGUGGAGUCACUGUCUUAUCUCUCGUAACUGAUAUUGUUCCUAUUCCUAGGAGUUACUUCUCUAAUAAAAAGAACUUUUUCAAUCAAUAUUUUGCAAAAUUAGGAUGGUUUUGGACAUUUUCAAUUGCUGGAAUGUUCAUAAUAUCUACAAGCUACGUUUACACAUUAGCUAAUCGCAGAAGAAUCACAUCAAAUUUAUUACGGCUGUUAGUAGCCACAGGUCUGUGGUAUGUCUCCACGACGGCUUUUAACUUUAUAGAGAGGAUAACUGGUUUCUGUUCUAACAAUCCAAGUAUUACAUGGAAAAGAGAAUGUGUUAGAAACGGUGGGACAUGGGUUGGUUUCGAUAUUUCAGGGCAUUGCUUCCUUCUAACUUAUGCAAUAUUGAUUUUACACGAAGAAGCCAAAGUCUUAAGAGGUUGGGAAAGAAUACCUGAUCAAAUAGAAAAGGAGGUUCGUGAGGGAACUUGCAGAAUACCUGAAAGUGACCGAAAUUCUUUUAAAUUGCUAUAUGAUCGCAUAACGCCAACAAUUAGAGUUUGUUUUGUAUUAAUGGCAAGUUUAGCUAUACUUUGGGAGGUGAUGCUGUUCAUAACAGUCCUUUACUUUCAUAAUAUGCCUCAAAAGUUGACUGGAACCUGUGUAGCGUGUAUGUGUUGGCUAAUAACCUAUUCCGGAUAUUAUCACCAUGAUAACUCACCGGGAAUGCCUGGAAAAGACAGUGUAGUGAAAGCAUUGAAAAAAUCGUCCUAAAUAACCUUCCAAGCUAUACUUUUUUUCUCUCUUUUGUUGUUUUAACCGAAUAGCUUUAUGUAUUUUUGUUCUGAGCUUUUGAGUCUUUUUCCUUUGAAUCUCCAAAAGAAAAUAAAAUCAAGGAAAGAAAGAGCAAAGGAACGGCAGUCACGCACCAUCCUUCAAAAAGUUUCUUCUUUACUUAAGUUAUAAUGGAUUUGGAUUAUGAUACCUCCUUGAAUAAUUGUAUACACAGUGAAAUUUUAAGAUUGUUCUCAACGAAGCAAAUAGUAUCAAUUGGAAAUUAUGAAUGUAUAUUCAAUCAAAAUAAUACUAAAAAUUAAAUAUAAUGGUGGAU